AUGUCAAGAGCAAAAAGACUUAUGAAAGAGCUUCAGGCUGUCAAAGAUGAUCCAGAGGCUAAUGUUAAUUUGGAAUUCGUCAGUGAAACCGAUAUUCAUCACCUUAAGGGAUCUUUUUUGGGUCCUCCAGGUACACCUUACGAAGGCGGUAAAUUCAUUGUAGACAUUGAAGUACCUAUGGAAUACCCCUUUAAACCUCCGAAAAUGAAGUUUGACACUAAAGUCUAUCAUCCUAAUAUCUCAUCGGUCACUGGUGCCAUUUGCCUCGAUAUUUUGAAGAAUGCAUGGUCGCCUGUGAUCACAUUGAAAUCUGCCCUGAUUUCCCUUCAAGCUCUUUUGCAAUCUCCCGAGCCAAAUGAUCCACAAGAUGCAGAGGUAGCGCAGCACUAUAUUAGGGAUAAAGCAUCCUUCGAUAAAACAGCUGCCUUAUGGACACGCACCUAUGCUCCAAUAGAUAUUUUGGAACCUAAGAACAAUGUCGACGAGGCUGAUCUCUACGGUAUUGACAAAGCCUUGAUAGAACAGUUUUUGUCGCAAGGUUUCGAAGAAGCAAAAACAGUCGAAGUUUUAAGAAGGUUGGGUAUCAAGUCUAUGGAUCCUUCUGACAAUGAAACUGCAAAUAGAAUAUUAGAAGAGCUUUUGAAAUAA